GAAGAGUAGAAGAUUGAACCCCUUCAGGUUAUGUUCAAAAUUUUGGUUCUUCUGGUUUACCGUGACCGUGAUCUCGGUUCGUCGUCCCUUCCAAAUGAAGUUUUGCAAAAUCGAACCUUUUGUGCCAAUUUUCUGAAAUGUCUGAUUAAUCCAAAGGUGGGAGAGUAAAGAAAGACGCGCGACAUGGCACUUCCUCCUUCUUCUCCAUCGUCGUCGUCUCCAUCUCUACAGCGUCUCUCCACCUUCAAAAAUUCUCCUCCUUCUUCACUCUCCGGAGCACCACCACCGUCUACUUCUUCCCCUCCCUCGGCUUCACCGCUAGACUCUUUCGCCAACGAUCCCGUUCUCGCCCCAUUUCUAUCUCCUUCUUUCUCAUCCGCAUCUUUCUCAUCCGCCGCACUCGCCUCUGGAUCCCCCGCUUCCACCGCCGAACGUCUCCACCAAGCCAUCCGCCUCCUCGAUUCGCAGCUCCGUCACGAUGUUGUGUCUCGUCACCCUGAAUUGCUCUCCCAGCUCUCUUCUCUCUCCCACGCCGAGAUCUCUCUCUCCUCCCUCCGCUCCUCCGUCUCCUCCCUUCAGUCCUCUAUCCGCCGUGUCCGAUCAGAUCUAUCCGAACCUGUACGCUCGAUCCGAUCCAAAUCUGUUCAGCUAUCCAAUCUCCACUCCGCUACUGAGUUACUUUCUCACUCGGUCCGUACGCUGCGUCUCUCGAAGAAGCUUCGGGAUCUCACGGAUUCUCCCGAUCCAGAUAAGAUCGACCUCACGAAAGCUGCACAGCUCCAUUUCGAGAUCUUGACAAUGUGUAAAGAGUACGAUCUAUUCGGCAUUGACGUUAUCGACGAGGAAAUCAAGUUCGUCAACGAGAUUGGGGAGAAAUUGAGAUCUGAAGCUAUGAAGGUGUUGGAGAGAGGCAUGGAAGGGUUGAAUCAGGCCGAGGUGGGAACUGGGUUGCAGGUUUUCUAUAACCUCGGAGAGCUGAAGCAUACGGUGGACCAAUUGGUGAACAAGUACAAGGGCAUGGCCGUGAAGAGUGUGAGCGUUGCUAUGGAUAUGAAGGCAAUUUCUUCUAGCUCAGGUGGUGGGUUUGGUCCGGGAGGGAUUAGGUCUAGCGGAGCACCGCACAUUGGCGGUGGGGCUAAGACUAGGGACGCCCUGUGGCAGAGGAUGGCGAGUUGUAUGGAGCAGUUGGAUUCACUUGUAGUCGCUGUGUGGCACUUGCAGCGUGUACUGUCGAAGAAGAGAGAUCCAUUUACGCAUGUCCUUCUUCUUGAUGAAGUCAUCAAGGAAGGUGAUUCGAUGUUAACAGACAGAGUCUGGGAUGCACUCGUGAAGGCGUUUACUAGCCAAAUGAAGUCUGCAUUCACAGCUUCGAGCUUUGUAAAAGAAAUAUUCACCAUGGGAUAUCCGAAGCUCGUGUCUAUGAUUGAGAAUCUUCUUGAAAGGAUCUCUCGCGACACCGACGUGAAAGGAGUGUUACCUGCCAUUAAUUCAGAAAGGAAAGAACAAAUGGUUUCAUGCAUUGCAAUAUUCCAGACUGCUUUCUUAUCCCUAUGCUUUGGCCGGUUGUCAGAUCUUGUGAACUCGAUAUUCCCUAUGUCUAGCCGCGGGAGUCUACCUUCGAAAGAGCAGAUCUCACAGGUGUUAUCACACAUCCAAGAAGAGAUCGAGGCUGUUCAUCCAGAUGGUCGUUUGACUCUACUAGUUUUGCGUGAGAUUGACAAGGCUCUUAAGAAUCUAGCUCAACGAGCUGAGUGCCAGAUUUCUACAGGCCCUGAGACGCGACAGAUAACAGGUCCCGCAACUUCAACACAGAUCAGGAACUUCACAUUAUGCCAGCAUCUGCAAGGAAUCCACACGCAUAUCUCAUCCAUGGUAUCAGACCUUCCCAGUAUCGCUGCUGACGUAUUGUCUCCUUCUCUGAGUGCAAUAUACGGUGCGGCAUGCGAGCCAGUUACACCUUUGUUCAAAGCAAUGCGAGACCAGCUCGAGUCAUGCAUUCUCCAAAUCCACGAUCAAAACUUUGGCGUUGAUGAUUCCGCGUUAGACAACAACACUUCCCCAUACAUGGAGGAGUUGCAGAGAUCGAUCCUCCACUUCCGCAGGGAGUUCCUAUCUAGACUAUUACCCUCCGCAGCAACGGCCAACACUGCAGGUGCAGAGUCAAUCUGCACUACGCUUGCGAGACAAAUGGCUUCGAGGGUUUUGAUCUUCUACAUCAGGCAUGCUUCCCUUGUGCGACCACUUUCAGAAUGGGGAAAACUCAGGAUGGCUAGAGACAUGGCCGAGCUGGAACUAGCCGUGGGACAGAAUCUGUUCCCUGUGGAACAACUCGGUGCACCGUACAGAGCUCUUAGAGCGUUUAGACCACUGAUCUUCCUGGAAACAACUGAGAUGGGAUCGUCUCCUCUCAUUCAGGAUCUUCCACCGAGCAUCGUCCUCCAUCAUCUUUACACGAGAGGCCCCGACGAGUUAGAGUCGCCGAUGCAGAAGAACAGACUGAGUCCUAAGCAGUACUCACUGUGGCUUGAUAACCAAAGAGAGGAGCAGAUCUGGAAAGGGAUUAAAGCGACGUUGGAUGAUUACGCAGUUAAGAUCAGGUCGAGAGGUGACAAAGAGUUUAGUCCAGUGUAUCCUCUUAUGCUUCAAAUUGGAUAUUCUUUGACACAAGAGAACUUAUAAACUCCAUAUAUAUGCUUCUUUGUUUCUUCUUUCCUUUUUUUCCAAUGCUUUUGAGUUCUCUUGCAGGUCGAAUCAAUAAAUCGUUUUUGGUCUUGUGGAGUUUUUCUUAAGUUAUAGUGACAAUAUUCUCUCAUAUACACAAACAUGUCAUGUAAAUCCAGAUUCAUACAUCAUGCCAUGGUUGGUGUCUUCGAUAGAGUUUUUUUGCUUUUGUUUGUGUUAUGUUGAGAUUGAACCAUCUCUUUACAGUAGUCAGCUUAAAUUAGUUUCAAUACCUUUCAAUUAGCAGACACAAGCCUGGAUUGAUGCAUAGAUCAAAGGAGUCAAAAGGGUUUACUCUGCAAAGAAGGGAGAUUCAUCUAACAUAUUCAAACCCAAAGAGUAUUUACAUUAGGAAACUAUAUACAACAAAAGCCUGCAACUAUUAGGAACCUCCUCUUCUUCUUCUUCAUCUUCUCUCACUGUCUCUCUAUGUUACAAAGGAGAACAUCAACAUGGAUCAAUUCCCAACGGAAAUAGAUCUCUCUCCUAAACCGAGUGGAGAACGUGAACGUUGACGCUUCAUGAUCUGGCCAAGGACCCUUCUCAUCUCCGGCUGCUGCAGCGACGGCUCCUUUAUCUUCUCAAGUUCUUUCUUUAUCUUCACCACUUGGCUGUGUUUUGGACCAUCCUCGUUUCCAAUAUUGGUCUUGUUCUCCAUUUCCACACAAAGGCACCAAAGCAAGGAACCUGUUUAACUAUGUUCUGUGUUGAGGACACGAGAAGCGAAACUAGAUUGGUACGCAACGCAGGACUAAUCUAUGGGUUUUUUGUGAUUUUGAGAUAUUAUUACAGAGAGACGACUCUUUCUUUAUCUCUGUCUCUGUUUAUAAACAAACGUGAAGAAAGAGAGAAGGGCGGUAUUUUCGGUGAGAUGGUGGUUACGUG